UCAGCACUUAGCAGCUGACUUCAAUCAGAUUCAAAAAUAAACAAAAGUUAGGCCGUUUCUGGUGCCUUUUCCACAAUGCUCCUGCAACGCCUUUGGCUACCGCAUCUGACCAAAACCCUGCGGCAAUACGCCAAAAAGUCACCGGGCAACCUGAAGCCUAAAAUGAGCUCAAACAAGCGAAUGGUCCACCAGGAGAUCCUGCGUUAUGUAAACCCUUAUGCCAGGAUUAAAGUUGUCUCGGAUAUUUUCGUGCGUAUCCAGCCGGCCGACGUGCAUCUCUAUACCAGCGGCGAUGUGUUCAUAGCCCAGCUGCAGGGCGGUGAAGUCAAAAACUCAAACGUUUCCCUCGAUGUUAAAGUGCAGAACGAAGAGAAGGAAGUCAACGUUAAAGUCAAGAAACUUUCACAAGACCCAACGCAGUUCGAGUGCCACCUUCAGAUCCCCGUCCGGUCAGAAGUUUGUGUGGAGGGAAAAGCCGGUGUGCGUGUGGAAAACACUCAAGGCGAGCUUCUGAAGGUGGAAGCUGAAGGCGGCAUUACCACAAAGAACGUAAAGGCCACAGAAAUUUCCUUAUACAGCGAAAACGGUAACAUCAACUGCCAGGGCACGCUCUUGGGGAAGAUAACCGAGAUAGAGACUCACAAUGGUAACAUUUCCAUGGACAAAUUGCAGGGAGACAAUCUGAAUUGCUCUACCAAGGCUGGAAGUAUUAUAACCGACUGUUGUUAUGUUGAAAAGUCAAAAUUUCAAACCGAAACUGGGCGCCUGGAACUAAAGAACGUCCAUAAGACAAGUGAGGUGCACGUUCACCAAUCCGCAGAGCUUAAUAUGACGGGCGUGCAUGGCAAUCUACAGGUGGUCUCCAAAGGCGGCAGCUUGAAUCUACAGCUUUCCGAGCUCGAGGGUCACAGUAAAAUAGAGGCUAAUAAUUUACAGGAUGAAGCAAUCAUCAACAUUUCCCAGACCAUUGAGCAGGAUCUCAACAUUGAAAUCAGCGCCUCCAAAGUGAGCUUAGAAAAGGAAUUGGAGCACGUGGCUCAUGCCUUGAGCGAGGAUAGAAACAAAUUCCUGCUGACCAACGUGAACAAACAUCGCCUGUUGAUUAACAGCACGGGAGAAAAGGGUGUGCGCCUGGGGAAACAAUCCUGGAGCGACAUGAUGCGUCAAAAGCUUCAAGUUAUCGGCUCUGAAUUACCAUAGUUACAUAAAUACAAAAACCUUACUAAAUAAUCCUCAGGCUUGGCCUUGGCUGGUUUCAUUUUCCAAAACCUCAUUUAGGACUUCAAACGCGCUUGAGAAGAUUGCAUCCUCCUCG